AUGGGGAGCGAACAACUUAAUUUAAAAAUCCUGAUGAAGAAAUUCCUGAGCGAGGAGAAGGAGUACAUAAAAUUAGUGAAUAAAGAUCAAAGCGAUAUCAUACUUUUCGAAAAGGAAAACUUUUACAUACAUGCAAAUAUCCUCUGUGGAAUUGAAAGCAGGAAGAAAGAAAAAUACAACGUUGGGGAUAUCUACCUAUUCCUAUGCCUGCCAAAGAGUAACUACACCUUUUCGUAUAUAAAUUCUGUUGGCUAUAAAUAUAUAAGCAUUCUUGAAAAAAGCAAAAUUAUAAAAAUUAUCGAAGACAAUGAGGAUAAUGACGAAAUUAAGGUAAAUAUUUAUGUGUAUGAUUUGAAGAGAAAUUUGGACUUGCAUGACUAUGUGGACGUGGAAGAUAAGGAUCAGGGGAUACAGGUGGACCUCUUUCAUUUGGACAUCGUGGGGGAUGUCGACAGGGAUAGCGAAAAUGAGAAUGAAAAGGGCCAUGUAAAAGGUGCCACAACGGGGGGGAAGCAAAACGAAGGAGGGGGAGAAACAUUUAGCCCUGACCACCGGAAGAGGAAGCGAGAAGAAGGGGGGAAACUUCAACAAGGGGAAGGCGCCCAAACGGGGGAUCACACAAUUCCUUCAUAUCACGAAAAAAGCAGCAUUAAUCUCGACAAAGGUACCUCCAACGAUGAUGCGAAGGAAAAUUUCGUCUCCUUCGAUAGCGUAAGAACCGUAUGUGACACAGAAAAAAUGGACAACUCGCUAAUCCUUUAUAUGGCGAAGGGAACACCCCAAAGUAGACAUAUCCUCAGCGAAAUUGACCCAUGGGUGAAAAUGGGGGAUUACAACUUCCUGCAGAGAGAUAUCCCUUCCGAACAGUACGACCCGUUAAUCUAUUUCAAUUGUAACGAAGUUAACGCCCUGGAGGAAUUUGCCAACGAUGCCAGCAACAAUUAUGACUUCUUCAGAGUGGAGGUUAAGGACACAGCGAUUGGGAAAGACCAUUUGGGAGGGAAAUCCCCCAUCGAAAGUGCCCAGACUGGGGAAGAAGUUCCAAUAGAGGAAGGAGCACAAGUGGGUAACCACCAUGAGGACACCCCUGAUAGCAACCUGCAAAAUAUGAUGAAGCAUUACUUCGGGAAGGACAAUUUUUUCAAAAACUUUUUUCUCCAAAAUAUGAAUUUAUAUUCUGUUUUAAAAAACACAUAUUUUGCGAACACACAAAAUGAAGUGCACAUUGAUCAGUGCGUAAAAUUAAUUGUCAGCAAGUUCCACAGGGAUUACAUAAAAUACAUGGAUAAUAAACAACACAUGGUUCUAUCCAACUGUAAUGAUUUCCUGAGAAGGUACUCCACGCAUAACUACACAGAUAUUUACCAGAAGGGAGAUUUGUACAAAAAUUUUGCAGAUUACGACAUGCUGGACCUCGAUUUGAGCAUUAAUGAAUAUAAUGAAGAGGGAAAACAUUCGACCAAUCAGGUUGACUGGAAAAAUGGUUAUUCACUAGAUGGAGAAGGUGCGAAAUUUUCGGUUGGCCAAUUUAUCCCCCUAGAAGUGGUCCAAAAUUUCAAUGAUCACGAUAAGAUAAUUUUCUUUCACGAUUUGCUGGCGCAGUAUGUGAAAGCAAUAACUGACAAACAGUGCUACGAUGCGAAUAGGGCACAGGUCAAUUUCGUGCAUAAUUUUGUUAAUGACUUUUCCCUUAAGGAGAAUCUCUACUGGGGGGUGAAUACAGAGCAAGGUUGCCCCCUCCCCCUAGAGGAAUUAUUCUCAUCCGAUGCGGAAGACUUCCUCUUCGAUUCGGUACAGGAUGAGGUAGUCACCACCACCAUGGGUGGAAAGGAUGACCAGAAAAAAAACAAUUUCCCAUUCACAGAAAACAACUGCGCUGUAGUGAGGACCAAACUUGACAGGAAAAACAUCUCGAAGAUGAAAUUGUCAGACGAGCAGGUUACAGCGAAUGCAGAAAUCACCAAGUCGGUACUUCUUAAAGAAGUUAACAUGCAGGACGCCUAUGACCAGAUAGGAAAAAACGCCAGUGACUUCAGUCGCAUAUAUAACCUUUUCGAACGGGAACUUCUAAACAAAAGUAAUAUAAAAAAUGUAUACAUAAAUGGAAUUAAGAAAAAUAUCAUCGUCGAUGAUGGUCAUAUGAAAAAAGGGGUGGAAAAAAAAUCGUUAAAACUUAUCGACGAAAUUCACUUAACGUAUAAGAAGAGACCAAUUAUACUGAUAGAAAAAGAGAGCAGCAACCACAUAAUUAACAGGAACAAUGUGGAGUCGUUUUUUGUGCAUAAUCGUCUGGACAACUCUGGCGUCAAUUCGAAAGGGACUCAUGUCACGACCGGUGGGGGUGACGGCGCAGCAACGGGGCCUUACAAUUCCAUACCCAUCAUUUACAAAAUGUUUAACAAAAAAAAAAGCAUAAAAUUUUCGUUCAUUGAAAAUGACCAAAUUUCCAAAUUGACAGAAACAGACUGGAAGUGUGUCAUUGCCGUUAUCAUAAAAUCUAAGGAGUCGCUAAAAAACAUUUUAAAUGAAUAUCCUUUUGAAAUUCCUACUGCGCUUUUUCAGCCAUUCAAAUCAUUUUUUUUUAUGUUCAAUGAUGUUAUGAUACCGUCUGAUUUGUUGACAGGUGGGAAUGUCGAUAUUAUCAGACUCAGUCGGGACAACAGGAAGGAGGAUUACCUCGCCGUUAAUAAAUUUUGGACCAACAUUGAAAAGUUCAUUUUGCAAAGACGGGACAAGUCUUGCUACACGCGGAAAAGGAAGUCCUAA